AUGGAUUGGGUGAUUGGGUGGUGGUGGAGUGGGAGGUGGUAUCGAAUGGAGGGAUGUACGUGGUUGUGGAUUAGCUGGAUGAAGACAACUUUGGAUGACCUUCACUACCACCAGAGUUUGUCUAUUCGAUUGAAAUCUCUAGCUGCGUCAGCCGACUUCCCACACAUGCUCUUCUACGGGCCUUCUGGAGCUGGAAAGAAGACACGGAUCAAUUGUACUCUAAGGCAGCUGUUUGGGAGUGGUGUUGAGAAGCUCAAAAUUGAUCAACGAGUGUUUAUCUCGCCGUCGAAACGCAAGCUGGAAAUAAACGUCGUUCAAAGCAAUUUUCACAUCGAGAUCACUCCCAGUGAGGCCGGAAAUUAUGACAGAGUUGUCAUUCAAGAUUUGCUAAAGGAAAUUGCGCAGACGCAGCAGGUAGACUUGAACGCGAAGCAUAGAUUCAAAGUCAUUGUGAUUAACGAAGCGGACUCUCUUUCCCGUGAUGCCCAAGCAGCGUUGCGUCGAACGAUGGAGAAAUACAUGUCAAACAUCACCAGCAAACUAAUAGCACCGAUAAAGAGUGGUUGUCUACUUAUGCGAGUCGCUGCAUCGAACACAGAAGAAAUGCAAAUUGUCUUGGAACAUGUAGCAAAGAAACUGAAGUUCGACUUACCUGAAGAAGCAUCACAACAGAUCGCCGAAGACUCUGGUGGCAACAUGCGCAAAGCAUCACUCGUCUUCCAAGCCUUGAAAAUGCAAUCGCCAGAUCUUUCAGGUUCACUGACAAUCGCCAAACCAGACUGGGAGAUCUACUGCCACAAGGUCGCUGAUCUCAUCGUCCAAGAACAGUCACCAGCACGCGUUUUGGAAACCGUUGCAGAGCGGGUGGUGGAGAGAGUGGAUGAGGCUAUGAAAGCCGAUGUUAUGCAUUGGGCUGCAUUUUAUAUUUAUCACCUAGAGGCUUGGGUAGUGAAGGUCAUGGCUCCUAGUCAUGGUCAGCUUUCAUAG